AUGCUAACGGCAGACAGAGUGUUGAUGCGCGUAGCGGAAGCGGAAUCCAAGCAUCAUGUUUUGGAAUACGAUCCUCUAUGGCCAAAGGUAAAAAUUGAUCCAGACACAUGGAUUCAAAUUGGGCCCCGCAAGGACACCAUCGCAGACGAAACGAACUACUGCAAGCCGGAGCUGCUGCAGAAGCUCUUACGGAUGAAAUCUUCCCUUGACAAUGUCCAUUUCCGCCAGGUUCGAAUGGCUGGUAAGCAGGUCAAUCCAUUUGAGGUUAACAAUGGUCAGUUCAUGAAUCGGGCCGCAGUUAAGAUUGCCAGCAUAGAUGCGAUGUUCGAUUGGACGCUAUGUCAACUCUUGAAUGGCGACACCGUGGAUCUGUUUUAUUUUGUGGAUAUCUUCGGCGGUCCCGGUGGCUGCAGUGAAUAUGUUUUAUGGCGUAAUGGAGGCUGGAAUGCCAGGGGUUUCGGAUUUACUACUAAAGGUGAUUACGAAUUUCUACCGGAAAUGUUUCGUGCUGGUUGUCCGGAAACGCUGGAUGCGUUUUACGGUCCUAACGACAGCGGAAAUAUAUUUGAUCCCAGCAAUAUGCGUGGUUUCAUCGAUUAUGUGAAGGCGCAAACGGACGAUCUUGGUGUGCAUCUAGUGAUGUGCGACGGAGGAUUCUAUGUAAAAAACAAUCAUCAGGAAGUUAUUUCGAAGCAGCUCUAUCUUUGCAUAAUAUUGUUAGCCAUCAGUUUAAAUCGCCCGGGAGGUCAAGCAAUUUUGAAGGUAUUCGAUUUAUAUACUCCAUUCAGCGUUGGAUUAGUUUAUGCGUUAUCCCAAAGUUACGGGAAAGUAUCGAUCGUUAAACCGGUUACUUCUCGUCCUGCAAAUUCCGAACGAUACCUGGUGUGUCAAAAUCGCCUUAACGAUGAUCAAACAUUCGGUGACUAUUUGUACUCGAUCAAUCGUGUUUUGUGGGAACAAAAACAUGCUGGCUACGACAUUCAGCAUAUCAUUUCUCCACAAAUCUUGGAGCAAAAUUCGGUUUUCUGCGACUUUAUCCGUAAUUCAAAUAACGAAUUUGCUUCCAAACAAACUCAAGGGCUCAAAAUGUUGCUUUCCGCUGUUUCGCAAACCCACAAACUGGAAUCAGUCAAUCGAGAACUGCUCCAGUCGACGCUGUGGCGUCUCUGGAAGCUGGACCACAAAUGCUUAUCUUUAGCUGCAAACGACAAGAACAAAUCCGCCUCCGAUUAUGCGGGGCAGUUUAUUGAUGCUUCGACGUUGAAAUUGCUCAAACUAUUAGAUACGGUUAUAUGCGACAGGAAAGCUCUUCGGGAGCAUUUUAGGGACCCUCAGGAGUGGAGUUUCUUACCGCUGGACGUCACGGUUGAGCAAGGCAAAUCGAUUCGAACCAUGUUUCUGAGCAAGGGAAAUGGAAACGUUUUCUAUUUCGACCGGAAGGAUGAAGAAUGGCGUCAAUACAAGGAGUACCAGCUGAUCCUUUCGCCUCAAACAUUGUUGUAUGGGGAGAUUGUCGAGGAGAUUUCCGUUAAGGAUAACACUCAGAAACUUAUUAUUGCCCUGCAUAUCAUCGAUGCUAUUUUCCUCGGAGGUAUAGACGUGCGCAGCUUUCCUUUAAGCAAACGGAAUGCAAUGUGUAGCAAGUUUGCCAAGGCGCUCAAUCGGCCGUUAGCUUCCAAGAGCAACAGUAUCGUGCGCUCUAUCCCGGUUCGCUGUAAACAACCGCUGCCGAUGGCGAGCCUCGAUGCAUUCUUCAACAACAUCUCGAUCAAUCAGCUGCCCAAUGGUACGAAAGUACUCGGCUGCGAAAUCGAUAGUUUCGAUCCGGCCGAAACGAAACGGUUCUAUAUUCCUCGUGGACUUCUCUUCAUUCGUCACUCGCAGGCCAAACCUUUGAAGUCGGUUCAAACGGAUCUGGAGUUCGACAAAUCGUUCGUCAGCCGUCAUCUCUGGCCGUGGAGCAAAACCAGCCAAAUUUAUUCGUCUUCGCAAUGUUUCGAUAUUGCCAGAGAAGAUAAUCUUGUUUAUCGUGUUGAUUUUGAUGAACUUCUGGAGGAGUUUGAUGAUUAA